AUGAUUGCAAAUACGGCAACAAUUACGUCGUCAAGUGAUGAUUAUUUAAUUCCACUAUCUGAUAAUGAAUUUGGCAUUAUGGAAAAUAAUAUGGAUACACAAACUGUAGCACAGACUGAUUUAUCCAACGAAGAACAUGUAUACGCUAAUGUUCGUGAAAUGGAAGAAGCAAGUCGAAGAUUUGAGCAACCGCCCAUACCUGACGCUAAUCAAGUUCCAAUACGAGAUCUUGGGAAUGGUUGGCUCGAAUUUUUCACUGAAACUGGAAGGUCAUAUUUUUUUAAUCCGGAGUCGAAUAGAUGUCACUGGAAACCUCCGCGAUUCUUGAAGCCACCCAAUGAAGUUGCAUCGUUGAUAAAUGGUGAAGAUCUGCCAAAAGUUACUAUUCCUGCUAUUCAUCGAGAUUCAGAUUCUCAUGAAGAUGACUCGAUGGCUUCUGGCUCUGCUACAGAAUCACCACUUACUACAGCAAAAUCAUUAAAUGAUAUGUUAGAAAGUAUGGAUUCUGGUAUAAGUCGAGCAUCAGUUAAUAUUAAGAAUAAAAUUAUGGAAAAAAGAAUGUCUGUUCAAGCAAUAGCUCGCGAAGUUGCUCAACGAGUUGAAGCUUUCAAAUCGAAUGAAGAACUUGCUAUUAACGAAGCAGCAAAUUUACUUUCGAAACAAAGUGGUCCAUGUUCCAGCGAUUCAUCCAUUCCAUCAAAUCGUCAACAAGCGAAACGUUCACAAAAAUCUAUCAGAUCUGGAGUGAGAGUAAAGAAAAGAGAAUGGUCUUCAUGUUAUCUUUUCCUUUCAUCGGCCCAUAUUAUUUUUUAUAAAGAUGAAAAAAGUGCUGAGAAGUCUGGUCGACACUAUGAGGCUCCGCUAGGUAUGUGUGAUUUGCGUGGCGCUUCUAUUAAGUGGGUUGAUGAGAAGGAUAAAAGGCGGAAGCAUAUUUUUCAGCUGGAGCUCAUCGAUGGAACGGUUUAUUUCUUUAGCACACUUAGCAGUCAGGAUAUCAAUGAGUGGUUCAGUGCUUUACAACAAGUUAUUUCAUCCUUGCCUCGUCCUGAUACUUAUCCAACACCAGUGCUGGAAAGAAGUACUACUGGCAUUGUACGGAGCGGAAGUAGCAUAUCACAUUCAUCCGCCUUUGGAAAUAUGCAAACAAGACGAUCCAUUAAAAGAAUGGCUAAGGGUCAAAGUAAAGAGCAAGUUUCAAACAUCAUUGUAAUGGAAAAAGCUUCAAAAUCAGUAGGAGUGGAAGAAGUAAGACCGACUCGUGAUUCAAUUAUCGAAAAACUUAAAAGAUUUUUUCGUUCGCGGCCAACUAUCGAAAGUUUAAAAGAAAAAGGAAUAUAUAAACCAGAACCUGUAUUUGGUAGUACGCUGGCAGCGAUUUGUCAGCAUGAGCAGACUACUGUUCCUCGUUUCAUACAAAUGGUUACUGAAGUAAUUGAAUCGAAAGGAAUUGAAACAGAUGGUCUUUAUCGUGUUAGUGGAAAUUUAUCUGCAAUUCAAAGGAUUCGUUGCCAGGUUGAUCAAGAAAAAUACUCGACCUUAUUAGCAGAAGAUGAUGUUCACGUGCUUACGGGUUCACUUAAGUUAUUUUUUCGAGAAUUAUCAGAACCGAUUUUUCCUUCUGCUUUAGCGAAAGAUUUUAUCCAUGCAAAUAGACUACCGAAUGGUGAAAAUAAGAUAAAAGCAUUCGAUGAAUUAUUAAAGAAAUUACCACUUGUCAAUCGUGAAACAUUGAAAGUGUUGUUUGGUCAUUUAAUGCGGGUUGCUUCACAUGCAGAUAAAAAUCGCAUGGAAAUACAUAACCUUGCUAUCAUGUUUGGGCCGUCAUUAUUCAGUAGUGGCAAUGAAUCAGGUGGUAUCGAUCCGAAGAGGUCUGCUAACAAAAAGAAAGGCGUUGAUAAAAAAUUAAAGGAUAAACCUUCACAAAUUCAAAGUAAUUCGCACCUUGCUUUCAACAUGAUUAUGCAAGGCCAAACUGUUGAAUAUUUGCUCAAAGAAUUUCGUCGCUUUGCUGUAUUUCAAGAAUCAGCGGUUACUAGUGUAGUUUAA